CUUAUCUUCUCUCGCAGCGACGCUUCCCGCGCGGCCGCUCCAAUGGCCUUCAACAACCUCCUCAACCUUGCUCACUCCAAGGUCGCACUGAAACCCCCGCUCCCGCCACUCCCGACGCGCCCGUUCCUCUCCGCGCCAUCGCGCCUGUCACCUUUACGUCUUUCCCUCCGUAGCGAGCCGCCGCCGCCGCAACGUGUCCGCUCGUCCGCGUCCACGCCGUCUGACGGCGCCGCACCCUCGCCGCCGUCGUCAAGGGAGGAGGCCGUCGCCCAGGCGCGGUCCUGCCUCUCCACGGCGCUGCAGAAGCCGCUCAACAACUCUGUCCCGCUCAAGAAGCUCAAGAGGCAGCGGCAGGCCCGGUUCCGCGCCGAGAUCCCCGUCGUCGACGACUCGCCGGGCUCCCUCGCGCGCCUCACGUUCGACGUGUUCACGGGCGCCGCCGGGGUAAAGAGGAAGGGCGCGCCGGCGAGGCUGAUUCUUGUCUGGCCCUCGGCCGAGGCGCUGGCAGUCGCUCUGCGGGAGUUCAAGAACUGGGGAGACUCGACCACGGCGCACGCGCAGCUGGGCUCGGUAGCGCAGGACUCGCUGAGCGCCUGCGACGCUGCGGUGUUCCUGGCGCCCGGUCCGUCGCAGGUGGAGAAGGUGAAAGCCGCCGCCGCCGCGCUGGACCCAAGGCCGGUGGUCCUGUUCAACCCGGCGUGGAGCUUCGACGAGGAGGAGGGCGAGGGGUUCGACGCCGGCGCGAGGGGCUUCGUGGGCUCCUUCAACGUGGUGUACUCCUUCACGGGGCUGGAGGUGCGGGGUUUGCUAAGCAAGAAGCGGGGCGUGCUGCUCCGGUGCGUCGAGGGCGGGAGGUUCGGCGGGGAGAGCUGGGUGCUCAUGGUGGAGGACGACGCCCCAGCGAAGCAGGGGGAGUUCAAGGUCGUGUCGCGGCUGAAGCGGCGGCCGACGAUCGGCGAGGUGGAGACCAUGCUGUACAACCUCAUGGCCGCCAACUCGCCUGUGACCAAGUCGGCCAGGUUCCUCAGGGAGAUGGUGUCCAACGUGACCGGAGGAAAGGCGAAGCAGUGAUUAAUCCUGCCUACGUGAAUUGAUGUACUUUUUAGAGAGGACUUGAACCGGCAGCACACUGCUAGGACUAGCUUUAGUCUGCCAACUCAGGCUGCAUUUGCACGAAGUCUUCAGAAGAGAGCACCGCGAACCGUGGGGAUCUGCGGUUUGAUCGGCAGUGGUUACCUGCUGGUGUCUAUGUGAUUAUGGGGUUUGAGGGGUGCAGUGCAGAGUGGAAAUUUCGUUUAGGUGGGCAAAACACAAGUGUCUGACUGAAAGGUACCACUGCACUGAAUAAUUAUAUUGACUGACGAACUAAGUUAAGACUACAUCGCUAGCGGUGAUCAGACAACAGAAUGCCUUGAGUUAUCCAUCCAGUUUCUGCUGCUGCCAUGCUUCAGCUUAGAGGCGUAAACAAAGAGAUGCUAGUUGCUGCCGUGCCCGGAUAUACUUGAGCUGAGCAGGGUUGUAGUACUACUACUAACCAAACAGUGAAAACAUAUAUACAUAAACAGCACACGCUACCUGUGUCGAUUUA